AUGAGACCGCCAUCAACCGAACUUCAGCUGCCGUGCGGGCCUUUUUCUCCAAGCGCGAGCCGUUUCGCCUGUUUCAUGGCUCGACCAACAGCACCAGGGCCGGCGCACGAAGGGAGGGUGGUCGACAUCAACGCGCGCUCAACAACAUGCUCAAAUCAAAUGUGCAUGGACAAGUUUGUGCAGGCCACGCUUGCCCGUGGCUUGGUCCGACCCGUCGUGAUGGAGUUCCCAGGCACCACGGUUCGUGGCGGUUUUGCCGGCAGCGCAGGUGAGAAGAGCUCCUUCCGGUACGGCUACUUCGACCAAACCGUCAAAUCCAUCAAAGUGGUUCUGGCCACGGGAGACAUGGCUCACACUUCACCCUCCGAAAACCCGGACCUCUUCCGUGGUGCGGGCGGAACAGCCGGGACCCUGGACAUCGUCACCAAACUCGAGGUCGGGCUCAUCCCGGCAAGGCGGUUUGUGGAACUCGCAUAUCAUCGGUACAAGACGGUCGCGGACACGCUCACGGCCACGCUCGGCCUUGAUAUGACGGGAAAACUGACCGACGACCUCCAGCUCAGCCGACGGCCCCAAACCUUUACUGGCUCCUGGGACGACUGGUUCUACCUUCACGCCAAACGACGGGCGGAGCUAUGUGUCUUGGUCGAGUACCUCUUCCGCUACAAUCGGGGAGGUUCCUGGAUGGGUGCCCAGGCGUUUGCCUACUCUCCCUUCGUCCCUUUCAACCGCCUUACCCGCUGGGUUCUGAACGACUUCAUGCACACCCAGAUGCUGUACCGUGCGCUGCAGGGAAGCAACGUAUCCACCGCCGAGGCGUUCAUCGACUACACGGCAGAGGUUCUGGACAUCUGGCCACUAUGGCUCUGCCCUCUGAGAGCGAUCGAUCUGCCUGCGUUCCAUCCAUACUACCGUGGUCCAAGCAGCGAUGGACCGCCGCAGCCGAUGAUCAACAUUGGCCUCUGGGAAGCGGCAGAGCUGAAGCACAGGCUCGCAGAGCUGGGCGGCCGGAAGGUGCUGUACGCACAUACCUACUACACCGAGGACGGGUUCUGGGCUGUGUAUGAUCGGGCCUGCUACGAGGGAUUGCGUGAGAGGUAUAGAGCGGCGACGCUAACGCCCCUGUCGAUAAGAACCAUUUGCGCCAUCCGGAGCAAGGACUGAUUGAUCCAUCGUCAAGCUUGCUGGAAAGGGGGAGAGGGGUCUUUGCGGGAGG